AUAAAGAGCGUUUUCAACCGAGCUGGACAGUAAGGGUAAAAAGUGGUGAAAAACUUAAUUUAAAUAUUUUGUCUUACAAAGUGAAAAAUGAUUAAAUUCAAACUCCUAUGGCUAGUUUUAGUUGGGAUGUUUUACAUUGCACAAGGACAUGGAUUUACUAUAUCGACUGAGUUUAUGGAUGAGAAGCUAAUAUUCAGAUGGUCAAAUAUUUCAAAACAACCUAAUGAUAUUAUGGUUUAUACUGAUGGUCAACAAAUUGCAGCUCAAUAUAUAAGAACCAGUGAUGACCAAUACAUUGUGGAAAAUGUAAUGAAUCAUACAACUGUAAGGAUCAGCAUUGUGGAGUUUACCAAGCCAAAUAAUACGGAAUACAUGAAGACAUAUGCCCACAACGUCAAUACAGUACAAUCUACGGAGGGAGAAUCAAAAAACAUCUCAUGGAUUGCUAAGUAUUUUCCAAAAAGUGGAGAUUACAAGAUAUUUCAUGCAUAUAUUGGAAAACCGCAAUUGAUAAUGACAGUAACUAACACAGCAUACAAAACAAAAUUUGACAAAAAAUAUUUUUACCAUGCCAAACCCGGUUGCCCUGAAAUUUUAUUUGAAGUGAUAAAUAUAUCAGCAGAAGAUGCAGGAUAUUACGUUGGAAGUGAAAGAAAGAAAACAGCUUUCUCAACAGAAAAGGGGGUUCUACUCAUAGUUUCUGGAAAACCAGAGAAACCUAAUAUAACUGGAGACCUGGAAAUUAAAGACGGAAAAAAUGCCACCUUGAAAUGUGAAAGUAAAUCUACAUCUGCCCCCGACUACCAUAAGUUCCCACUAUUAUCGUAUACUUGGUUUGCUAAUGGCACCAGAGUAGACGGAGAACAAAGUGCAAACUACACAUUCAAGGUCUCCAAAGAUGACAGAUACAAAGGGUACAGUUGCCAGGCGAAAGAAACUCUUGAAUCAGAAAGAAGUGACGAAAUUAAAAUAAACAUUUUGUACGGCCCAAAAAGUGUCAGUAUAUCCCCAAAACCUCCUAACGACACAAUAACAAUUAAAGAUGGUGAUCUUGGUCUGUACAACUGCUCAGCUGACUGUAAUCCACCUUGUACUGUACAAUGGAAGUAUAAACAACCGGACGGAGGUUUUAGAGAUGUUAUACCUUAUGAGAUUUCUUCAUCACCUUUACCAUAUCUAAACAAAGACAGAAAUGGAAUGAUUCUGAUGCAAUGUGUAGCUAACAACAGUGAAGGGCGUAAGAAUUAUAGCAUCAAGUUAAACAUUCUUUAUUUAUCGAAACCUGUGAUCUUUCUUAAUGAUAGUAAUCUGACUCGGUCAAACAUCAAAGAAGGCCAUACUCUCAAUAUUUCGUGUUUUGUGGAGGGCAAUCCCACCCCUACAAUCAAGCUCAGCAAAGUCUCGAAAAGGCAUACCAAUGAACCACGAGACAAGUACUGGCUGAACUACACUAUAGCAAAAGCUCAAUGUUCUGACUCCGGCACCUACAGAUGUACAGGAAAUACAUCACAACAUGGGAGUAAACAUGAGGAAUUGACUGUGAAUGUGACGUGUGAGCCUCAACUUGAUACGUCUGUGUCCUUCAAAACCACCUAUGGAUCAUUGAGUGGACAAAAUGUCACAGUUCUCGUCGACGUGCCCGUGAUAGCAAAUCCUUUUCCUUCAACAUCUCAAGCAAGAAUAUCUUGGAAGGGUCCUGAACAUCGGGAUAUAAUAAAUACAAUUGCAGAAAGAGACCACCUUAUCUACAAACACUGGAUAAAAAGCACGAUUCCUAUCCUUGAUCAGAGAUCUUUUGGAAAUUUUACUUUGACUUACAAUGGAACAUUUAUUGUCAAUAUAACAAUCAACCCUGAAGAUGUACCUGAGUCACCUUCGGAGUUAAGCUGGAGUUCUUCUGAUAUAGCAAACAUUAAUCUUACCUGGAAAUCAAACUUUAAUGGAGGACCGAAACAAUUCUUUAUCUUAUAUAGAAAAGAAGGCUCAACCUGGAAAAAAAUUGCUAAUCUAACAGAUCCUGGUGAGGGCAACAUUGGGUAUUAUGACCUAGGACCUUUGAACCCAGGACAGCACCAGUACCAACUGAAGAGUUGUAAUAGAAUCAACUGUUCUGCAAAUCCAAAGAUAAUAAACGUCGCAGUACAAGCCUUACCUACGUCAUCCUCCCAAUCUGAGGAUAAUAGUAUGUUGGUUGCGAUUGUCUCCUCAGCUGUCGGUGUAGUUUGUAUUGUAAUCCUUGCUGUCGUUAUGACGAUGUACUUCCUGAGGAAAAAGUCAGCGCAGAAUCAUAAGAGUGAAGAAAGGAACAGCGGAUCCUUAGAAACCGACUACACUCAACCGGAUGUUGUUGUGUACGCUGCUGUUGACAAGAGUGUCCUCAAGAAGAACAGGCAACAGGAUGACGUAGUGAAGAGUGACGUCAUCAAGGAUCAAAAUGUUGAAAACGACACAGUUUAUUCAGAAGUGAUCAAACCUUCCAGAAAACAAAAGCAAACAAAUAAAAAGAACGGGCAGAAAAAUGAUGAGAAGAAGGAAAUUAAAGGAAAGAAAGAGGCACCAGGGGGAUCAAACAUGGAUGAGAAUACACGUGCUGUGAAUGAGGAUGGUUUAGUAUACAUUGAUGUAGAAUUUACAAACAAGGGCUUCGAGUCGGACAAAAGGGGGAAACCAGUCGUGCACGGAGAAGAAGAGAGAACAGAGUACACGUUCGUGGAUUUUUCCAAGAAAGCGCCACCUAUGGAGGAACCACAGGAUGAUGCCGAGUAAAAAACUGUAUGGACAAGAUUGACAAAUAUGGCUUCAAAUAAGACCAUUUGUUGUUUUUUAAUAACGUUCAUUUUUUGAAACCAUUUUUGAGGUUCUUUUUUGUGUUUCCUAUUUUUCAAACAUUUUUUUAUUUUGUAAGCUUAUAUUUUAGGUAUGUUGUUGCUUAUUUAAAAGAAAAAAAAGCAAGUCAAGAACUUAUGUACAUAUUUCUGAGCAGUCUCAGAAGCAAAAUUUUGAGAAAACAACAUAGAGGAUAACAGGUAUAAUUCGGCUUCAUUCCUUACAAUUAAUUCUCUAUGCUUUAAAAUUAAGAGAACACUUGAAUAAUCGCGAACCACCAUCAAAAAUAUUGUUUUCGCUUUCAAAACUUGUUUAAAAUGUAUUUUAUAAAAAAAUAAAUAAAUAUGUUACUUGCGGUGUAAGAAAUGCUAAACAGCUACAAUGAUAGCUUAGAUAGAGGAUUUGUAACAACUUGGAAAUCCUCUUUUGAACACUAACUAACCACCUUUGGUAAUCUUUUGUCGUCUUGCAAACAUAUCAUUGAAGGACUUUGUCAUAAAAAAAACAUUUGUCAAAUCCCUUUAUACUCGGAAAGUUGGCAUAUUAGAUUGCGUGUUUGGCAAAUAUUCAAUUAACAAAGCAAAAAGCUUAUGGUGGUUAGCAAAUAAGUGUAUCUUAAAUUGAAAGAAAGAAACAACUAAUGCAGACACACAUGGAUAUAGGUGACAUGUUUUAUCUAGAUACCUUUUUUUUAGAAAUAUAUAUCAUUGAAUUUUCUGUACAUAAUUUGUUUUGCUAAUUUUACUUUUAUUUAUUUUUCAAGUUUGAUAAUUUGUACAUUUCUUUUAUUUUUUCAGCCAUUUUAGUUUAAAAUGUUCCAUGCCUUCAAAUUGACUGGUUUUAGAAACAUGGAGCUACAUAGAGUAGCUACGCUAGAUUAAUGUUAGAAUAUUAAUCGUUAACGUAAUCUGUUUUUAAUGGCGUAUACACUAUAUGGAAAGACACUUUAAACUCUAUUUCAAUGAAAAUUAUGUUUUGUUCGUUUGUAUUAGAAUUUUCAAAUUGAGGACCAAGUUUUUUUUUAAUAUGCCUACCUCUGGUAUGACUGGAACCCGUAAUAAUGUCAUUUUUUAUUUAAUUAAAAAUUUUCGUUUACCUUAAUUACAUAUGUAUAAUUCUUCGUGUGUCUAUAUUUUGAAAUUUGAAAA